GCGGCGGAAGUGCGUCACGGCCGCUUCCGGCGUGCGCGGCGCUCCAAGAUGGCGGCGCUGGCGUUGAGAUGUGUUGGUCAGCGAUGUCUGCUGGCCCGGCUUGGCCCCGGCCUUCCCGUGCGACAUGUUAUCCCAAUGGGAACGACAGCCAAGGAGGAGAUGGCUCGUUUCUGGGAGAAGAACACCAAGUCCAAUCGUCCCUUGUCCCCUCACCUCACCAUUUACAAGUGGCCACUGCCCAUGGCGAUGUCCAUCACACACCGGGGCACCGGCGUCGCGCUCAGCUUAGGUGUCUCUCUCUUUGGCCUGGCUGCCCUGCUGCUUCCAGAGCAGUUUCCGCACUACCUGGACAUGGUGAAGUCGCUCAGCCUGGGGCCUGCUCUCAUCUACUCUGCCAAGUUUGCUCUGGCUUUCCCCUUCUCCUACCACACCUGGAACGGGAUCCGACACCUUGCAUGGGACCUGGGGAAGGGGUUCAAGAUCCCCCAGGUCAACCAGUCUGGGGUGCUGGUUCUGAUCCUGACCCUGCUCUCCUCCGCCGGCCUGGCGGCAAUGUGAAGGUGUCUCCCUAGUGAUGGCCUCCCUUUUUGGAAGAUUUACUCCGUCCUGGCCCACCCCAAGACGUGGGUGGAGAGGGAGGCAAGAGGAGACGCUCCCGAGUAACGAUAAAUCUUUGGGAAAGGUGACCCUUCCCCUUCUUAUGAAUCUCGUGGAUGAUCAGAGUUGCUUUUCCUUAGCCUGGCUGAUGAGCUACCCUGUCUUAGCCAGGGGGGACCCUGGCCAGGCUGUCCCCUGCUGUGCCACGUGCCCGAGAGCAGCCAUGGGCACAAAUUAACAGUCCAUCCCAGUCGCUGGCACAGAGCUGCCUCGCUUCUUCCAGGGAAAGACUCCAGGGCGUUUCUUUGCUCUGCUCUGUCCCCAAGCUUGAGACAAUGCUGAAUCUGUGUCACCAAGGUCUGAGUGGGCUCAGGGAUGCUGGUGGUGUGUGUGUAGGCCCAGCACAGGACAAGCAUCUCCAUUGAGGCACCCAGUGCCAGAGCAGGGAGAGCAGGCGGAGCUGCCAACGCUGGCACCCGUGAUGGGAAUGGGUGCUGGGAAUGGGUGCUGGGUACUGGGCUGGGACCUCAUGUUCUGAGCCCAGCUGGCUGGGAUGGGGUGCUCAGACCUGCAUAGGUUCCGUCCCCACUCCUCAUCCUUGAAAAUAUUGUGAUUUGGCCAGCUUUGGAGCCCUGGAGUCCCUGCCAAUGAAAAAUCCAGUUUUCCUGCUAGGAAGUUCCUCUCUGGCAGGACAGGGAGUGACGUGGUUUUCUGGUUGGACAUGGCCACCAGGUCUCGUUUCAGCACUUGUCACUCAUCCACCUUUGCAAUAAAGCAGUCUUGACCCUUCA